AGGGCUGAUCUCAAGGCCCUCCUCCUCCUCCUCCUCCCUCCCUCCCCUCCGUCUUACUCUGGGCUCUGCGGCGGGGUUCUUUCCAGCCCGUACGUUCCUGCUCGCCUGCGUGUGCGCGGGUGCGAGGGUUCUCUCUCUCCUUCAUUCACCUCUGCUAUGAUGUAUUUUUUAUGUCCAUUACUUGAGCCUUUUCUGACGAAGAUUAUUUUUUAUUGUUGUUUUGAAGCUCCGCAAAUACUCGAAGGGACGCGGUAAGGAUUUCUGCUGGCUAACUUUCGCCUUUAAAAAAGAAAACUGGAAGCGUUGUGUCACAGCAGCCCGUGCCAUUCAGCUGACGCUCCACGCCAGACGCCGUCUCCCACACAAAACCUUGAACUACACAAUUUAUUUCUAUAUAGAACACACACGGGAGACAGCGAAUAAACUUGAAUUAGAACUAGAAAAAAAAAAACAUGACACAAAACGGCGAGGAGGGCAUUCGAGUGUACCUCCGCAUCCGGCCUCCACCAACCUCGCAGCAAAGCCGGCUGCUUGCGUCGAGCGACAACAACGCCAUCUCGUCCAGCGCGGCAGGGCCCUCGCCGCGUACCUGCCAGUACGAGAUCGAAGAUGACUUCCAUAAGUCGAUCAUGCACCUUCACACCACGCAGCGGCUGCUGCAGGAGGCACAGCGUAGCGCCGCUGCAGGAGGUGGUCUGGCGGCAGCAGCAGCAGCAGCAGCGGAGUCCCCGCCGGCGCCAGACGACGUGAUCAACAACUCGGUGGUCGACUUCCGCUACCGCUUUGACCGCGUCUUCAAGCCGACCGCGACGCAGGAGGACGUCUUCAACACCGUCGCAAAAGAUUGCGUGGCGUCGAUGCUGGCAGGGCUGAACAGCACCGUUUUCGCCUACGGGCAGACCGGCAGCGGCAAGACGUACAGCAUUACGGGGGGUACGGACAGCUACCAGGAUCGGGGGUUGAUCCCGCGUGCGAUGGCAAUGAUCUACGACGCCGUUGCCCGCCGACGGGAGGGUGGCGAUGUCAACGACAGCUAUGAUGACGCGGCCACCACCUUCAGCAUCGCCAUUUCCUACCUGCAAAUCUACAACGAUAAAGGCCAGGACCUGCUGAACCACGGCCACGACGCCCGCACGCUGGAGGAGCUGCCGCCCGUGACGAUCCAUGAGAUGGAGGACGACAUAGUCCUGCGCGGCUUGGAGCAGCACAGCGCGCCAACGCUGUCCGACGCGUUAAACCUUCUCUUUCUCGGCGACACGAACCGGCUGUACUGCGAGACGCCCAUGAACAAGACGUCGUCGCGGUCGCACUGCGUAUUCAGCGUCUACCUCGAAGCUCGCUCGGCCACCACCUCGACGGUGCGGCGCUCGAAGCUGAACCUGGUGGACCUCGCCGGAAGUGAGCGGGUGAGCAAGACCGGCGUCUCGGGCACCAUCCUGACAGAGGCGAAGCAUAUCAACCUCUCUCUGCACUUCUUAGAGCAGGUCAUCGUGGCGCUGAGUGAGAAGGCGAAGGGCGUGCGGGAUCACGUGCCGUACCGCAACUCCUUCCUCACCAUGGUCCUGCGCGACAGUCUCGGCCGCAACUGCAAGACCGCGAUGCUGGCUACGGCCCACGUCGUCGCCUCGCAGGUCGCGGAGACGAUUAGCACCUGUCAGUUUGCGCAGCGCGUCGCGCUGAUUCGGCAGGCGCCGCAGGUGAACGUAGAGACGGACCCGGUGCUGCUCGUGCGGAAGCUCAAGGCGGAGGUGGCGCAGCUGAGGGAUGAGGUGGCGUACCUCCGCGCCAACGGCGGUGGCAGCGGCAGCAGCACCACCCUCGCUGCAGAUCGCGCCUUGUCCGAUGACGAGAGGGAUAUCUGUCGCCGGAUGGUCGACGCCUUCGUGCAGCGCGCGGCGGUGGACGGCGAUUGGGGUUCGCGUCUCACGGGCUUUAAUGGAGACAUGGCACGCAUGUACUACUGCUAUGACGUGCUACGUGAACGGCUCAUCAAAGGGGGCGUAGCGGAGCGCAGCAGCAACGGUGUUGGAGGUGCUGCACCGGCUAUUGCGGCGACAGCAGCAGCCACGCAGGCGGCGGAGCAACGGGCGCUUCUCGAUGAGAGCGAGGCACAGGUACUGGCGUUACGGCAAAGCCUGCAGCUGAAAGAAAACGAGCUGCAGAUGCUGCUGACGGUGCUAAAGCGGGCAGGUGCGAGCGGGGUUGGCGGAGUUGGCGGUGCUGGUGGUGGUGGAAGCAUCGGUGCGCGCUACAACGCCCCGACGCAGACAGUCACGAGUAGUAGUCGUAGCAGCGGCACCUCCGCCGCGGAGGCGGCUGACGACGCUGGGGAUGCCGACUGGAGAGGCUUUCAGUUCACAGGUGCUACCUCGCCGCACGCCUCGGACGCGGAGCUGCGCCGACAGAUCUACCAGGCGGCAAAGCAGCUCAUCUAUGAGCUUCGGCAGUCCUUUCGUCAUCAUCGCGAUGGUACGCCGCAGGAGAACACGCAACAGCCGAGCCCUGCCAUGUCAAGAGUGGCCGCUGAGGCGGCCGCCCAAGCCGCCUUGACACGCGUGACGACGCUCGCGCAACAGGGGCAGCUGACGGAGGCGGAAGCCGCCGCGGCGACGGCGUUCCUCGAGAGCAAAAAAGGGCUGCCGCAGCCGCGAGCUUCCGACACGGAACAGCGCAGCAGCGUCGGUGGAGUUGGCGGUGUGCUCGCGCCGGGCAGCCUGGAUGACUCUCGCUCUGCGGUAGACGUUCUGAUGGAUGAGCAGCUUGUGCAGGACCGCGCGCAGGCGCUAGAAACCUUCAAGGCCACCUACGAAGCGCAGAACAAGGUGGAGGAGACGAAGCAGCUUCUGAAACCGAAGUACGCGUCGUGCAAGGCCACUGCGCAGCAGCUGAACGCCUGCGUCGACGCGAUGAAGCACCUCAAGACACAGAUUCAGCGUCGGCGCGCGGAGCGAGCGGUGGAGGGGGUCGACGCGGUGGACAGCGAGGAAGCGAACUGGCUGGAGCAGCUGCGCACCACGAAGGAGAAGUACAACACCUACGCCGCGGAGCUGCGUCAGGCCAAAGAGGAAAUCGAUGGCAUGCACGUGUACUUGAAGCACGCGCAGGAGCAGCUCGUGCGCGAUUUUGAGAAGUGGUUUACUGCUCGGCAGCAGCAGGUGCAGCUCGCGGUGCAGCAACAGCAACGGCACGCGCUGCGAGGACGCCAGGAGGCGCAGCAGGUCGGCUUGGCGAUGGAGUUGCGAACGGUGUUGGGGGCAGCAGACGGCACGCCCGCCUCCCCAGCGGCCACGAAAGAGCCGAGCAACGGCAGCUGUCGCAGCAGCGUGACGACAGCAAAGCUCGGGGAAUCCACCGCACCACCCCCUAUUCAGAACAACGAAGAGGCCCUUCUGCAUGAGGUGUACAGAGACACGGCCCGCCGCAACCACAACAAUAUCGGUGGUAGUUGCGAUGACGGGGACGGCUAUCAUACUCUCUCUGCCACUGUGCCAUCCACCACUGCCGUCAGUCGUGCCUAUCCUUACUCCGCGCCGGUUAACACAACCGCGGCCGUCGCCGCCGCGGGCACUGCGCCGCCGUGGCAGCCUUCGACGCCGUGCACUCUGCCCCUUACCUCGUCUGCGGCGACUUCCACCGUACUGUCACGUGUGCCGAACGCGGAUCUCAUUGGAUUGCCUGCCAGCGCACGGGCACCGAACCGGCUCGCCUCUCUCCCGCCCACGUACGCAUCCGCGGACCAGCAGCUGCCACCACCACCACCGUCGUCCGCAGCAUUCCUGUCUUCUUCACAACCGCGGCCGCACGCGUUAUCGUCGUCGUCGUCGGCGCCUACGCUGGAGCUGUCACGGCAGGAAGAGGGCACGGUAUUGCGGGGCCUCGCAUCAUCAUCGUCAUCCUCAACAGCCGCAACGGGGCCAGCAUCAACAGGCGUGCAUGCGUCUCACCCUGCCGGCGCCUCAUCCGCGGUGCUUGGUUUGACCAAGGCGAAUGGGUGGAUGGCGGCCGCGGUGCCGAGUGUGGCGGGUGGGGUGGGCGGGGCCACACAAAGUCCAACUCGUCCCUUUCACCUUCAUCCGCUCCGCAACAGCAAUGACAACGCGCAACAGCAGCAGCAGCAGCGACAACCCGCGCCCCUGUCGUCGACCCCUCCCCCGUCCUUGGCAGGGCUGUCGAGGACUUCCCCAGCGCCGGUGACAGCGACAACGACAGCGGCGGCGGCGGCGAAUGGUGCGGCGUCGGCGCGCGCGCAGAGCAACCCCUACUUUCCUCAGUUUCCGUCUACGGGUAACGCGGCCGCCGAUGCGCAGCUGGCGCAGCUCUAUCAGGCAAGGGAGGCAAUGCGGAGGCAGCUGCAAUGA